AUGAAAUGCCAAGCAUUGAUAAACUAUGAUGUUUUGGAAGACUUCAAAGAUAGAGAUAUUGCCAGAUUAUGGCAUGAAGGGAAAAGAGUAAAAAGAUUACCGUCUCAUUUGGGAGGUGAUGAACUUUUAGAUAUUCUUCGAAUUCUCAAUGACAUUAAACAUCCUUUGGAAUUGCGAGGUUUAUUAUCACCUAAAAGCAAGAUUAGGCAAAUUAAACGAGGAAAAAGAAAAGGUCAAUGGAAAUUUAAUUUAGAUAUUGCCAUGAAUAUACAAUAUUUUCAACCGAACAACAAAAGAGAAAUACCUUUUACUCAUCCGGGGAUGAUAUUGAAUUUUUGUCAAGGCAAAAAAGAUAUUAGUCAACAAGUGGCUCAAAAACUGUCUACUUAUUUUAAGGAAAAAGAAGUUGAAAUAAUUGAGGCCAAAGAAUUAGAAAAAAAUAAAAGUUGUCAAAUAACUCUGCGGGUAGGUUAUAAAGAGUUAAAAGAAAUAUUUCCUAACCAAUGA